UGGCCGGCUGACCGCUCUUCCUGAUUUCGCCGCUGUCUUCAGGACCCGACCAACAAUGUGGCUUUUCAUAAUUGUGUCAGGCUUGGCUCAAAGCUUCAUAAAUUCAGAAGCAUUUGUGAAAAGAAGUCAUGUGGAUCCAGAAGUAGCCAUGAACAUUAGUGAAAUUAUUUCCUUUAGAGGAUAUCCCAGUGAGGAAUAUGAAAUAGAGACGGAGGAUGGGUAUAUCCUCAAUGUUAAUCGAAUACCUCAUGGGAAAGGAGGCCGGUGGAGCAAAGAUUCUAGGCCAGUGGUUUUCCUGCAGCACGGAUUCCUCGCAGAUAGCAGUAAUUGGGUGACCAAUUUCGACUACAACAGUCUGGGAUUUAUGCUGGCUGAUGCUGGCUAUGAUGUUUGGUUAGGAAACAGCAGAGGUAAUACUUGGUCUCAAAAGCACAGAAACUAUACAGUGAAGCAAGAAGAAUUCUGGGCAUUCAGUUUUGAUGAAAUGGCUAAAUAUGACCUUCCAGCUUCAAUAAACUUCAUCCUGAACAAAACUGGACAGGAGCAUGUAUAUUAUGUUGGCCAUUCACAAGGCACCACAAUGGGUUUUAUUGCAUUUUCCAUGAUGCCACAGCUUGCUAAGAAGAUCAAAAUGUUCUUCGCAUUGGCACCGGUAACCACAGUAAAGUUUUCAAGCAGCCCUAUGGUCAAACUUGGAAAGUUUCCUGAUUUUCUACUCAAAGAAGUGUUUGGAACGAAGCAGUUUCUUCCCCAGAAUUUCAUAAUAAAGUGGCUUGCCACCCACGUUUGUGUUCAUUCCUUACUUGAUGACCUUUGUGGCAAUGUCUUCUUUCUACUAUGUGGGUUUAAUGAAAGAAACCUAAACUUGACGCGAGUUGAUGUCUAUUCAACACAUUGUCCUGCUGGAACUUCUGUCCAGAAUAUGCUUCAUUGGACUCAGAUGUCAAAGUCUGGGCAGUUCAGAGCUUUUGACUGGGGAAGCAAGGCAAAAAACAUGGCCCACUAUAACCAGUCAACACCACCUUAUUACAAAACAAGAGAGAUGCAUGUGCCGAUGGCUUUAUGGACCGGAGGUCAUGACUGGCUGGCAGACCCAAAAGAUGUUGCCCUGUUGCUGCCAAAGAUCCCAAACUUAGUUUACCACAAGAAUAUUCCUGAAUGGGAACAUCUGGAUUUCAUCUGGGGCCUUGAUGCUCCACAGCGCAUGUACAAAGAGAUAAUUGAACUGAUGCAGAAAAACCCAUAGUUCCGUGUGGUACUUGGAGUUAUAAUUUUGAAGUGCUUCUUCAAAGAAUCAAUUUGUGGCACUUUGCUGUUUUAAUUCACCAUGGAAAUAUUUUUUUAAAAAAGCAUUACAGUAUUAAUCUUUCUGUCUCCAUUUAGCGCAGCAAUAUUGCAGGAGACUGAAUUGUUGCACUGUAAGUAUUUUAAAUCCACAAAGCCUUAAUACUGGACGCAUUAAAACAACUAGGCUGCCUCCAGUUAGAGAAAAUAAGAUGCCUUGAUACAAGUUCCGGAAGCAAUGCCCACUUGGAAGUAAAGCUAAUGUCUUAAAGUAUCUGUUGAUGGGAGGUGCUGUAUUUAAAGCUGCAGCAGAACUGGUAAUAAUGAUAUGAAAGUUUUAGAAAAAUGUCCAGUCGCUUUGUGGAUAUGUCUUCAUAUAUGUGUCUAGCGUCUGUAGCACCAGCAGAAGUUUUACAUAGUUUGGAUCCCUUGAGCUGACUCACUGUAUGCUCCAAGGAAAAGCAGCACUUCACUGGUUAAUGGUGCAGCAUGCAACUAGCAAAACCUCCCUAGAACCCUAGGAUUCAGAGACUUGGAGCAUUUAAUCUCGUUAUGCAUUCUUUGGACUAUUUUAGGAUUGUUCAGGGUAAAUAAGCUUUGAUGGCUACUUUCUUACUAUGUGAUAAUGUUCAGUGCUCACUUGACUGUAAUCUUGAUCUUAAAUGCAUCCUGUUGAUUCAUUUUUUUAAAAAAUUGAAAAUUUAUUUCCAGUUAAAGUUUUCAAUUAAUGCAAAUUAUGAGCACACAUUAGUAUACUGGUCUAAAUAGUAGUUUGAUAGCUGAAGUCUUUUAGCCCAGCCGUAAACAUCUUCCAUGAGACUUUUGUUUUUGGGAGUACAGCCUUAGCGUCUCUGCACCUGUGCACACCUUGUAUCAUUUUCUGUAUCACAGAGAGAUUGUGAAAAGAAAUACACUUACAGUGCAAUCCUAAGAACCCUUUCCGGGGAGUAGUCACCACUGAAUAGGCUGGAUUCUGAGUAGACCUUUCUAAGGAUUGCUCUCUUCGCUGUUGGAAAAGCUCCGAAGAGAGGCUGCGUGAAGAGUGUGAACUUUGAAAAUUUUCAGCUGCUGUUAAAGAAAUGUAUCUGUUUUUUUCUUCACUGAGAAAAUGAGCAGCAAACUACAGGUCAGCUACCAAAGAAGCUCUGUUGUCUCUGCUGUGCCUUUACUCUUGCUUCUUAAAAUGAAAACUAAAAUUCUGCACUGAAUUUCGCACUGAGUUGGAAAUUAACAGCUGGAAAUGGGAACUUAACAUGCCGAUGUCUGCAGUAAUGGAUUUUUUUUUAAAUAACUGUAUUGUGUUAUUUGUGUUCUAUAAAUUGAGUCUGUAUCUGAAAGUAGAAGAUGCAUUUUAACCAAUUUAUCAUAAAUAUGCAAGUUUUUUUUACUUAUGUCAAUUACCUGUUUUGAAAUUCCAUUAUAAGCCAUAUUGUGCUAUAGGGUUAAGUGUUAAACGGUCGGAAGAAAGCACAUUGUGAAAUGAGAGCACAUAUUUACUUGGAAUAAAAAUCAAAUUGGAAA